AUGAAAAGAAUUUUAGGUUUAUUUAGAUUUGGAUCAGGUGGACAUGGCCAUCACCAUGUUAAAUUAAACACAGUCUAAAAUUGGAUUUCAAAUGAUAGUGGCAAAUUAGUUUGCAUCACUGGCUUCACUGAUCUCCAUGAUCACCCUCACCAUGACAAUACAAAUCCAUAUCAACAUCUAGUGGAUGCUCCCUUUUUCAGUUUUGAGAGAUUCUAUUGGUCUGACCCAUAUUUCCAUGCCGAUGAAACUGAUCCCUUGGCAAAUUAACCUCAUGGAUACUUAGUAAUGGAUGAUCCCCUUAAUUAAUAAAAUAAUGUCGAGUUACCACUUUAUGAAUUGAUUUUCGUAUUUUCUGGAGCACUUGGUUUAAUCGUUUUGUAUGGACACAGCAAUUUCCUUUAUUAAAGCAGAGGUGAGCAAUUCCUUCAGACACACAUCACAAGAGAACUCUUGGAAGAAGAAGUUAGGAAGAUCAGAGAAGAGACUUCUUAACUCGAGCAAAGAAAAUAAAGACUCCAAGAAUUAUUGGGUUAAAACCCUUGACCAUUUAAAUAAAUCAUAUUCAUAUAAUACAACACAUAAAAUAUUAGAGUAAAUAAA